AUGUGUCCUUUAAGGCUGAUCCUCAUAUUCUUGUCGGCGACUCUCGCUGGGUUCUUCGUCCUCAAGAAGUUCAACUCUACCUCCGACGACCCUCUCGCCGACCCUCUCACCGACGCUGAUCCCGCCGAGGACUCCGACUCCGACUCCAGAUUCUCAAAGGUGGGAAUGGCAAUGAAGUCUGGAUUCUGGACAUGCGUUGACAUGGCAAGUGGCCGCUAUCUCUGGAACCAUCUCUGUUCCAAUCCCGAACGCUCUUCUUGA